AUGUCAGUCGGGCCCCCCAUCCAGCCCCCAGCCCCUCGUCAGACUCAGCUUCCGACCCCCAUUGGCCUUGCAGCUCCCGCUAACCUGGCCCCUGCUGGCAUUGGCCUUCCGCCCCCUGCCGGCUCCCGACCUCCGCCGGCACCACCUACGGCCUCCUCUGCGCCGCCGCUGUUGCACACCCUGGCCGCUGCACUUCCUCCCUACUGGCAGCUUGCUCCCUACUGCCGCUCCCUCUGUCGUCGCUACCUGCAGCACCUCCCGGCCCCGCCGGCAGCUUGCUCCCCGUCGCCGCUCCCUCUGGCAUCGCUGCCUGCAGCACCUCCCAACCCUGGCCGCUACUUGGCUCCGACCAACUUCAGGUCCUGCCGGAAACUGCCACCUACCAGACCCAGCGGCCUCCGGCCUCAGCGGUCCCUACCAGUAGCUCUUUCUGGCCCACACGGCUCCCUACUGGCCCUCACUGAUGCCAACCUCUGGCUCCCCAGCCCGCUGCUUGCCGCUGCCUCUCGACCCACACCGCCCAGCUCUCCCCGGCGGCCCAGCUACUCCCGGCCUCUGCUGCCUAUAGCGUCACCCUGGCCUGCACCGCCUAGAUCUCCUCGGCGGCUCGACAGCUCCUCAGCCCAUGCAGCCUAG